GAUAAGUGAUUUGACGGUUUUAAGCCAUGCGCAGAAAAUAUUCAAUUCCCCUUGUUUACAUGCGAACUGUAUUUUGAGGUGUACGGUGCAUAAUAUUUUCGGGAAUCGUAUCCCAUUUCAAGUAGUGAAAAUAAAAUAAGAUGAACAAUCGACUAAGGCUGCAACUUCUGCGAUACAUUCCAUCGUUACGACCAUGUCUUAGACAAUCUAGCACUUCUUCCGCUGAACAUUUCAAAAGUAUUAGGUACUUUACGGAAGACCGAGUUGCCUACAUCGAACUGAAUAGACCGGAACGACUUAAUGCAAUCGAUAAGUACAUGCCAUUUGAAAUACAGAAAGCGGUGCAGCGAGCCAAUUUCGACGACGAAAUUCAUGUGAUUCUUUUGUAUGGGGCUGGAGAUGUUUUCUGUGCUGGCUAUGACUUAAAGGCGUACGCCGAGGAACAGGACAGUACUGUGAAAGAAGACGACUAUUAUGACUACGUUAACCAGGAAAUGCCGUGGGAUCCAGCACUCGAUUUUCAGUACAUGUCAAGUGUUACAAAUUCAUACAUGGAAAUAUGGAGAAGCAUGAAACCAGUUGUAGCAAAAAUUAAACGAGCUGCCAUCGGCGGUGGAAGUGAUAUUGCUUUGGCAUGUGACUUAACAUUCAUGGAGAAAAGUGCAAAGAUCGGUUAUCCGCCCAGUGUUAUUUGGGGCUGUCCUACCAGUGCGUUUUGGACAUUUCGCGUGGGAAUGGAACAGGCAAAACGAAUUCUCUUCACUGGGGAGAUUCUGACCGGCGAGAAAGCGGCAAAAAUUGGAUUGAUUGGGGAAUCGGUUGCUGGUAACGAAUGUUUAGACAAACGGGUUGCCGAAGUUCUGCAACGGUUGGUGACGGUGCCUAAGAAUCAAUUGUGGUAUCAGAAAUCGGUUAUUAAUCAAGUGGUCGAACAACAGGGACUCCUCAGUGCUCAAAGACUUUCGACGAUUUUCGAUGGAAUGUCAAGACAUUCACCUGAAGGAAUUGCAUUUCAGAAACGGUGUAUGAAUGUUGGAUUCAAACAAGCGGUUAAGGAGAGAGACGGUGGCAAAGAGACUGUUUGGUCGCACAUGAAGCGAGUCAAUAAUAAUGAUGUAAACGACUGAUCACUUUUAAUACAUUUUUAAACGGA